GCUGUGGUUGGCUUGGCAACGACAAUAGCUUGACUUGCCUUUAUUUCACGAAGACUCUCUUACCUAACAGACGAUUUUUAAAAUUUACUUCCAAUGGGUUUCACUGUUUGACUAGCUCGAGAUGACUGAGUCCACUUUAAGCUCUUUGGGUGCCCAAGUCGUCCUUGCUUCAUCCAGCGAUGAAAAUCAUCCACCCGAAAACAUAUUAGACGGAAACACCAAGACGUUUUGGAUGUCCACCGGAAUGUUUCCUCAGGAGUUUAUCAUUCGCUUAGCGGAACCUACAAAGAUUUCUACCUUGUUUGUGGACAGCUACAAUGUCAAACAUUUAAAAAUAGAAAAGAACACCUCACCAAAUGCUUCUCAAUUUGAGUCUGUCACGGAGAAAGAAAUUGAAUGCACAGAGGGGCAUCUUCAGUCAAUUGCUAUAUCACUAAAUGGUGUGGGUGCAACCCACCUUCGUUUUAUCAUCUCCUCAGGAUAUGACCACUUUGUAUCAGUGCACAGAGUCAGUUUAAGAAAUGAACACAACUGAAUUGUGAAAUUGUUGCUAAUCAAAUCCUCAUAAUAUACAUAAAUAUAUCCUUUUGGUGUUAUUUGGAAAAUCAAUAAAGUAAAGUUAAAAAACAAAAUGAAUGUAACCUUCUUAAUCUUAUCAGCAAAAUACAUGCUGGAGACAGAAUUACUGUUUAAAAGCUAUGGAGCAUUGCAAAAUUUGGCAUCUAAAUCUAAGCUUUGCUUCAAGCCAUUUUCACUGUCGAUGCUUACAUAAUGCUAUGGAGUCACUUACAGAGAUCUUUAUUCCACUUUCAACUCUUCCUGCUAAUUUUACAAGCUGAUGGUUGGCAAAGCUUAAGAACAAAAGAGUCAGAUUGUCUUGAAAGGUAGACUUACUUACAAAGGAACUUUCUCUCUUUGUGAAAGAUAGAGUUAAUUAACAAAUUUUAGGCUGGCAUUGGCAUUUGGACAACACCCCCCAACACCCCUCAGCCUUUUCCCUAUGAGCAGAAUAUUACAUCCCCACAGACAUGGCUAAUCAUAGGUAAUGCUGCAGUAGGGGCUAGGGAGCCAGAUGGCUUCCCUGUCCAAAGGCUACCAGCCUAUUUACACAAAAUACUUUAGCCACCUCCUGCAUUUAUACUUCACACACACACACACACUCUCACACAAACACUGACUCCUAUCUUACCUCCAUUGCCAUUUCAACUUGUCAGUAGCAAAGACUUCAGCAGUAUACGAGGACCCUUUGGGACUCCCUCUCCAAUUACUUGCAGGCUACAGAGGAGCUUGGGAAUUUGCAGAGGCUGUGUUUGCUAAAGCUUGGUCUGCAUACAAGGCACCAAGUAAACCAAUAAAAUAUGAAAUACAUGCCUGAAUAACUAGCCCCCUGAUAUUUUAGAACAGCUAAUUGCUAAGGGGUACGGCUGGGUUAUGGUGUAGUGAGUAAUGAGGGCAAGGUAGAAACUGAUACGGUCUUAUUGAGUCAUUUAUUAUUUACAACUAUAGAAUAUUUACUAUAAUCUUAG